UCCUUUAUCCCCUCUUCACUCUCAGUUUCAGUCUCACAUUCUGAGAAGAGCGCCAAAUUAGGGUUAGGUUAGGGUUUAACCAUUCCUACACUCAAUCGUCAAUCUCUUCCAAAUUCCAAUCCCAAUCGCAAUGGAUCUGACUAAGAAGCGCAAGCUUGAUGAGAAUGGUUUCGGUGAUUCCGACCCGCUUAAACUCUCUUCCACCGAGGCGCGAAAACUCAUCGAGCGCUUCACCCCGGAGCAGCUUCUCGACAUCCUCCAGGACGCGGUGGCUCGCCACGCUGACGUGCUUGCCUCCGUGCGUGCUGUCGCAGACCCCGAUGUGUCGCAGCGGAAACUAUUCGUGCGUGGUCUUGGGUGGGACACCACCACAGACGGCCUCCGCUCACUCUUUUCCACCUACGGUGAGCUUGAGGAGGCCGUUGUGAUCGUUGACAAGGUAACCGGCAAGUCCAAAGGUUACGGCUUUGUCACCUUCCGCCACGUGGACGGUGCUCUCCUCGCCCUCCGCGAACCCAGCAAGCGCAUAGACGGGCGCGUGACUGUCACGCAGCUCGCUGCAGCGGGGAACUCCGCAUCGAAUGCCAACGCAGCCGAUGUUGGGCUCAGGAAGAUCUACGUUGCCAACGUGCCGCCGGACCUUCCCGCGGACAAGCUCCUAGCGCAUUUUUCUGUGUAUGGUGAGAUCGAAGAGGGACCCUUAGGGUUUGAUAAACAAACUGGAAAAUCAAAGGGGUUUGCGCUUUUUGUUUAUAAGACUCCUGAAGGGGCUCAAGCUGCGUUAUUAGAUCCUGUCAAGACUGUGGAAGGAAGGCAAUUGAGUUGUAAACUGGCGAUAACAGAUGGUAAGCAAGGGAAGCGAGCCGGACCAGAUUCGGGUCAGGCCCAUGGGAAUGUUCAGCACGGUCAUGGGGAUGGAGUCGGGGCUGGAAUGGGGAUGCCUCCUGCAGCGGGGUCUGGGCCGGGGCAGUAUGGCGGCCCGCAAUAUGGGGGACCGGUUGGGUUGGGUUCGUAUGGUGGGUUUGGUGGACAACCUCCGUUAGGUAACCAUAAUCAUCCUCUGAAUUCAUCCAAUCCCGUACCCGGUUCUAUGGCGGGAGCUGGUGGUUACGGUGCUGGGAUGGGUGGGCCUUAUGGUGGAUACGGUGGGCCGGGUUCUGCGGGAUUUGGUGCUGCAGGUGGGUUAGGAGGGGCUGGUGGAGGUGCUGGUGUUGGUGGUGGGCUUGGAGGAGCAAGUGGUGGUGCGGGUUCUUUGUAUAGAUUGCCUGGUUCUGGUGGCAUGCCUGCAGGUGGUGGAGGGUAUCCGGAGGGUGGUCAUUAUGGUUUAUCAGGUUCGGCUGGAUACCAGAACCAGCAUCAUCCUCCUUCUGGUGCUUCUCCAGUGCCUAGAGUUCCACCUGGUUCGAUGUACCCCAGUGUGCCUCCUUACUACUAAAGAGUUGAUGACGAAGGCCUUAGCAUCAUCUUCUGUGUAAUGGCAUGAGAUUACUGAUUGCUAAUGUAGAGAGUGGAUGAGGAACAUACUGUUUUCCACUCUUUACUUUAGCCAGACAUUUUGUAUAUAACAACAACGGAGCUUUAGAUCGAUGAACAUCGUUGCUUCACUAUGAGUUUUGCUAUUCUUUGUACCUAAAUCCUUUUAAUAUAUGGUUUGGCAAACAAUGAAUUGUGAAAUAUAAGGAGAUGAUAAGAGUGCCAUAAAGCGUUUGCCUUGACAAUGGUGAUGAAUUAAACGUGUGGGCUGGCUUAACUUGCAUUUGCACCGAAUACUAUGCUAUUCUAAAUAUAUAAGGAUCACAUCUCUCAAUUUACGGUAGCAGUCUGAUAAUUUUUGGACAUGGAUUAUGCAUCCAUUCUGUGCUUUCUAUACCCAACUAUUUUGAUUCUUCUGUUCUACAACCUUUGCUUUCUAAUUAUGCUGUAGCCUGCAUAAUUUCACAUUUGUGGAAUUUGUUUGAUGCUUAGUUGCUUUUAUAUAUUCUUACUAAUUUAAUUCGUUGCUUUCUACUCUAUCCUCACCCCUUUGGGUGGCGCUUGCUUUAUCGAAUCUUGGAUGAUGCUUACUUUGUAGAUUCUUGUACUUUGCUUCUCAGACAUCGGUACUUCAUAAAAAAAAUUAACCAUUUUGUGCGUCAGAUUAAUGAAUAUGUUUCGAAAUAUAAGCCAGAUUUACUUAUUUCGAAUUUCAUCUUUAGUUUUUCUGUCGUGUACUGAUGCCUGAUUAUUCUCAGCCCUUUUUAAUAUUGAAUUUAGUUUUAUAGAUUUGAAUAUAUAUUGUGUAUUGAGAGAACCCCUAAACAGAACAAUAAGUGGGUCUGUACUAAUCACUGUCAUUGGCUGUAUUUCUGGUAAAAUGUUGCUCCACCCGGCAUGUUGGUUGCGUACAUCUGGUUGGUUGAACGUGAUGUGGCGGAGCUUAACUGAUUAAAUAAAGUAAGAAACAGUGGCCCCUCCCGUUUGAAUCUUCAAACAUGGUUGGCAUGGAAGAAUUGAGAAUGCGUUUGCAGAGACUUGUGGUAGCAGAGAGGUACACGUCCACUAUGAAUGGGCACUGCAAUUUCUGACAUCCGAUGCCUGUACCUUUCACUCAGUUUCGUCUUAACUAUUAAAAGUUUCUUUCUACGUUAUAUUUUCAAGCUAUUAAUAGAACUAAUCAGUAUUACCCCGUUUUAUAAGACAAUUCAAAUGGUUUUAGAUA